UUGUUACACUAGCCAGUACGCAAUCUGCAAACAGAACUACCCACACAUGAAGACAUGCGAUGAAAAACAAAAGAGAUUAUGAUUUAAAAGCAUCAUUUGCAUUCUCUUAAUCUCUUUCUCUUCCAGUUUAAUCCAAUUUUCAGAUUUUACAUACUGAACUUUUUCGAAAACAGUUAUGGCAAAACUCAGACAUUCUCGCGUGGGACUUCCUACACCAUUGCUACCAACUUCAGGGAGAUUGAUCAUCCUCACCUUGUUUGUGACCUUCACAAUCCUCAUUCUCAUUCUCUUAGCAGUCAACUACGUCAACAACUCCAUCUCUCGCAAUGCACUCAGGUUUCUCUUCAAUUCCAUUACUUCAACUCAUUUUCCUUUCUUUAUCUCUAAUUCUUAUAUUAUAUGUUCUAUCAUAUGUAGAAGCAAAGAUGGUGCCGGAGAGCGUUGGGUUGAAACCAUAUCAUGGGAGCCUAGAGCCUUUCUAUAUCAUCAUUUUCUGACAAAAGAGGAAUGUGAACAUCUAAUCAAUAUAGCAAAGCCAAGUAUUCAUAAGUCAGUUGUUGUUGAUUCUAAAACCGGAAAGAGUGUGCUCAGCAGUAUACGGACGAGCUCUGGAACUUUUCUCAGUAGAGGAGCUGAUAAAAUCGUAAGGAAUAUUGAGAAAAGAAUAGCAGAUUUUACUUUUAUACCUGUAGAGCAUGGGGAAGGCCUUCAAGUUCUCCACUAUGAAGUUGGACAAAAGUAUGUACCUCAUUUGGAUUACUUUAGAGAUGAGUAUAACACUCGGAAUGGGGGUAACCGUAUAGCAACAAUGCUGAUGUACCUCUCAGAUGUUGAAGAAGGGGGUGAGACGGUGUUUCCAUAUGCUAAGGGAAAUUUUAGCUCAGUGCCUUGGUGGAAUGAGCUUUCUGAUUGUGGAAAAAAAGGAAUUUCUAUUAAGCCAAAGAUGGGUGAUGCUAUAUUUUUCUGGAGCAUGAAGCCUAAUGCAACUUUAGAUACAUCGAGUUUGCACGGUGCAUGUCCUGUGAUCAAGGGUGAUAAGUGGUCAUGUGUCAAAUGGAUGCGGGCUGAUCAAUACAAAACCUAAAUAUGUAUAGUUAACAGUUGCCAGUGUUUUACAUUAUUGCUAACCC